AUGUAUGUAAAUAUCAGAGCAUUCAAAAGUGUAUAUGAAACUAUUUUAUCAACUUCUGCAUCACAUUCAUCAUGCCAAUUAGUUAUAUUUGUUUCCUGUUUAAACAUAGACGCAUUAUGUGCCACCAAAAUGCUAACUAGGUUAUUUAAAACUCAAUUAAUCCAACUACAACUUGUUCCAGUAUUUGGUUAUACCGAACUACGUGAACAUUAUAUGAAAAUGGAUGAAGAUAUAAAAAACGUGAUAUUGGUAGGUUGCGGAGGAAUGGUUGAUUUAGAAUCUUUUUUGAGUAACGAUGACGAUGAUGAUCCAAUAAAUAGAUCGGUAUAUAUAUUAGAUACACAUAGACCGUGGAAUUUAGAUAAUAUAUUUGGAUCAGAAAACAUUAUUUGUUUCGAUGACAAUACCAUUGACGAUGAGUUACAAAAUGAAAAAAGCGCAUACCAAAAAUUAUCGCAAUUAUUAGAAGAAGAGGACGAUGAAGAAGAAGAGGAUGAAGAAGAAAAGGAUGAAGAAGAAGAGGAUGAUGAAGAAGAGGAUGAUGAAGAAGAAGAAACGGAAAGAGAAGAAGGAGAUGAUAAUGAAGAAGCCAUUUCUAGUUCUAACGACGAAAACUCAAACUCUAAAACUGAAGAUUUAGGUAUCGAAAAAGAUGAAGGUGAUCAAGGAGAGGAUGAAUCAGAUCCAAAGCUUAGGAAAAGAAGCAAUAAAAAUGAUUCUGGAAAAACGAAAAAAAGGAAAAAAAUGAAAGGGAUAAUACACCAAUUAGAAAAAACAAUCCAAAAAUAUUAUACUCAAGGUACUACCAUAUCUAAUUCCUUGUCAGUACAAAUCUAUUCCUUAGUAUCUUUAUUAGGUGAAACAGAUAUGGAUUAUUUAUGGCUAACGAUAAUAGGUGCCACAUCAUUGGAUAACACAUAUCCACAGGUCUAUAAUAAACUAUUUCCACUACUAGAAGAUGAAUCCAAAAGACUUGUUACCAACACUUCAGCUGAGAUGACAAAAACACCGGAUACGGUGAAAAUAAACAUUGAACAGGAUUACUAUCUAUAUUUGCUAAGAUACUCCACUUUGUAUAAUUCCUUCUUCUACUCUAAUUACGUCAAUGCUAAAUUGGGGCUUUGGAAUGAAAAUGGCAAAAGGAAACUACACAAGAUGUUUGCUAGAAUGGGUAUCUCAUUGAUUGAAGCACAAAAGCAUUGGCUAUAUAUGAAUAAUGACAUUAAAAAGGAAUUGGGAAAUAUAUUCAGAAAUAAUUUAGAUAUUUAUGGACUACAAGAUAUAAUAAGAGAUGCUUUUAUAAAAAUUGCUGGGUAUAGGAGCUCUAUAAGUGCUUUUGAAUUUGUUGAAGGUAUAAAUGCGUUAUUGGAAGUUGGUGAUAGUAGUGGUGAUGUCUCUAGUAAUGCUAAUAGAGACAAGACUGUAGACAAUGACUACCUUCCCAUCGAUGAAGUGUUAGAGAAAAGGAGUAAACAGUGGAUAAGCAACUUUUGGGAAAGUUGGGACGCACUGGAUGCUAGAGAUCACAUGAAGCUACAAAACGGGAUAAAUCGUGCAAAGCUUUUACAAGCAAUUGUUUUCAAUACUGGCGUAACUAUUUUGGAGAAGAAAUUGAUCAAAAAUUUACGUAUUUAUCGCUUGUGUGUUUUACAAGAUGGACCUGAUUUGGAAUCAUAUAGGAAUCCGUUAACUUUAUUGAGGCUGGGCAACUGGCUAUUAGAUUGCUGUGCAGAGGGCUCUGACGAUCGUUCGUUACUACCACUGGUACUGGCUGCUUUAGAUACCACUACUGACACUUAUUUAUGUGCAGGUAUGGCACCUAAAUAUCCACGCGGAUUGGCGUUAGAACGAACAGAACCUACAUUGAAUAACUUCAGUGUGGCAUUUCAAUUGGUUGCUACUGAGAUUAAUGCGAAAGUUAAAAUAGAUAAUUUUGAGAGUUCAAUUUUGGAAAUUCGCAGGGAUGAUUUAUCUCCAUUUUUGGAAAAGUUGACAUUGAGCGGAUUGUUAUAA